AUGGCAUCUAUUCCACCUCAUUAUACCGAUCGCUUCAUUUUACAGAGAUACAACAAGGCGCUGCACUUUGUUCAACAUUUACCUGCAACAUCAAAUUUCCAGCCUACAAAGAGUCAAAAGCUAGAACUAUAUGCGCUUUACAAGCAAGUGUCAGAGGGUGAUAUCAAUACACAAAGACCUGGAUUAUUCGAUGUCGUAGGUAGAGCAAAGUGGGAUGCUUGGAAGAAAUUGGAAGGCGUCUCCACCCUGGAAGCGAGACACAUCUACGUCGAGGCACUUUUAAGAGUUGCAGCAGAGUCAUACAAAAAGAACGUUGGCAGAGAAGAGGCUCAACAGAUUAUUCAUGCAUUCGCCAUCAUGAAACCAUCAGGGGGAGAUGAUAGCAGCGAUGAUUUACUAGACACGGACGAUACAUCCACGAAUCAAGAGGACAAUGAUGAUUCAAGUGAGGCUUCAGAGGACGCUGAAGAGAAGGCGUACCUGCGUGAUAUUCAAGAGAGCACAGAUAAAAUCACCCCAUUCAGUAUCGCAUCAGACACGCCAACAAACAAUCUUCAUUCCAAUACAACCACGCCAUAUGGAUCACCCGACCAGGCCAGAAAAACGCCUACGCUUACGAGAUCACGGUUGGAACAACAUCAACAGCAGCAACACCAACAGCAGAUCAGACCAGGCUCUGUUGCCUCUGUACAGACCAUGGUCACUGCUCCUGCGACACCCAGACAGUUACCCACCUAUGCCAACAGGCCGCCCUCUGUGGCAAAUAGUCUCUCCAGCGGUGUACGACCUCGAUCGGCAAUAUCAUCUAGGCUGGGGCAAUAUGGAAGUAGCACUCGAGGAAACGAGAAGAAACCAGCUCAUAUGACAAGGGAUGACCUGCGUGUGUUACCUCAGAAAAGCUCAUAUCGGGAACCAGAGUUUAUAGACGUCAACGUGAAUCCAUGGCAGCACAUUCCAACCAAUCGACCAGGCAUGCGACAACAGCCUCAGCAGCACGAUAGUGGCGCUAGCAGCAGCAGUGGUAACGAGAGUGAUAACGACAGACGAGGUACAAGUAGUCGUAGUAGAACACCCAAUGCAAAUGAACGGUACCUGCGCAAAGCAUCCUCUUCCUCACACUUGAGAUUGCCGUCUCCCAUGUACCAACAGCAACAAAAGCAACAGUCAAAAAGGCUCCACUUGACAUCACCUUCACCUCCACCCUACGCAACACAGCAACAGAUUCAUGGAAUGACACCUAUCCAUGGCAGCGGCGGACCACAAUUUCAAUCCCCUGUGCCUGGAUCAAGCGCUUCGUCCUCUGUUACUGCUACUCCGCAAAACAACAUGCUGAGUAGUAUGAGCGAAGGCCGAACCAGUCGCAACAACAACAGACAUUUUACAUUUGCCAAUGCUGAAUCACAUUUACAGCAGCAGCAGCAACAACAACCACAUCAGCAAAUAUCCACGUUAACGUUGGGACCAGCAACCAAAAGAGCAUUGGAAUCAUUACAAAAUGAAGUGAUUGCAUUGAACGACCGUAUUGAUGAUUUGAGAAGAGAGUUAGUGGAACGAGAUAAGCAACAGAGAGUGAGAUCAAACGAUAAUAAUCAGGACAGCGGUGGUGAUGUUGAUGAUAGCGAUUCAUCGUACGAUAUGGGUGAGGGAUGGCGAUGGGUCAUCAAGGCUGCCGUGAAAUAUGCUGGUGUCAAUCUAAUGACAGCCUUCAUCCUCUUUUUUAUACUAUACAAAACCAACAGCCCUAUUGCGUUUGCCAUAUUGAAACAAUCGAGUCGAUUUUGGCAAUCAUUUAGGCUGCGUGUUCUGAUCAGCAAUGUAGUUGUGUGA